GGCGUUCGUGUGCUCACCGAGAGGCGAGCCGAACGUGCUCUCGUGAGCGAAACGGCGGGGCAUGUACCAACCGGGGAACGCAUGUACCAACCGGGUUUACAAACCGAUUUCAACUUUCAACGUGCUUCAACGUGUGCCGCGCUCGUCGCUCGUCGUUUUAACGUGUUUCUGCUGCGCCAGCGUUUGCGUUGCGUCUUUCGAAAUUCGUAUCGCGGCGGUUGGAAACUCCUCCAUGCAAGAAACCAUCUAUUCCAAAACAAGAAGAAAGCUCGAAACGCGUCGGCAAAAACUCGAAGCUUAAAACCCAGUGUUUGAAAACCACAAAAGAAACAAAAUAGUGUGACUAAUAAGUGUGCUACAAAAAAUAGGUCUAAAGAGGGAAAAAAAAAGAGGUGGAGAGAAAAGGCCAAUUAUUUUGUGGCUAAAAUGCAUUGUUGCCACUAAGAGAAGAAGAGAUACUGAGAAGAGACAGAGACAGAGAGAGAGAUAUAGAAGAAGAGAUACUACCUUCGUCCUCCCCCACGGUAGCACAGAAAAGCUUUCAAAAUUAUACUCGAAAUGGAUAUGACCUCAACCGCGGAGGCUGCCGCUCGCAGCUGGUACGAUAGUCCGCGUCUUGGAGGCGGCGGCGGCGGUGGAGCCAACUCCGGCGGCAAUGGGGGUGGCGUCUCACCGAUCGGCCAGUCCAACGGCCUCGGAUCCGCCGGCAGCAGCCUGGCCCACAGCCAUCACAGCCUCUCCAGCGGCGCCAGUUCGGCGGGCAGCAGUGUGGGGGCGGCCCUAGGCGGCGGCGGCGGCUCCGGCCUGGACACCAGCGACAUGAGCGCCUUCUACGCCCUCGAGAGCAACGGACACCACCGGCGCUACUAUCCCAGUUAUCAUCAGCACACAUCCCGCAUGCCCUCCACCCAUGCCACGCCCCAGGUAUGCCGGCCCCACUUUCACACCCCGCUGAGUCCCUGGCUGACCAGCGAGCACAAGUCCUUCCCGCCCGCCAGCGCCUGGAGCAUGGGCCAGUUCGCCUGCCCCCAGGAGCCCCAGGUGGAGCACAAGCUGGGCCAGAUGGGCCAGGGCCAUCAGACGACGGCGGCCGGCCAGCACUCGUUCCCCUUCCCGCCGACGCCGCCCAAGGACUCCACGCCGGAUUCCGUACAAACCGGUCCAUCCGAAUAUCAGGCCGUGAUGAACGCCUUCAUGCACCAACAGGCCACGGGCUCUACCUCACUGACGGACGCCAGCUGUGCGCUGGACAUCAAGCCCUCGAUCCAGAACGGCAGUGCCAGCGGCUCCUCCGGCACCGGACCCACCCAGUCCUCGGCGCCGAAACAACGCGAAGGUACUAGCUCUAAUCCCAGCUCCAACUCCAACUCCACCAGCAGCCAACAGCAGCAGCAGCAACAGCAGCAGCAGCAGCAACAGAGCAGCGGGAGCAGCAGCAACAGCAACAACACCACCAGCAGCAACAACUCCGCCUCGUCCGCCGCAGCAGCAGCCGCUGCCGCCGCCGCCGCCGCAUCCGCGAAUACGUCCUCCAAUGGACUGUUCGAUGGGACGGCGCAGGCCCACUAUGCCUCCAACAAUGGUAGCGGGGCGAGUGGCGGGGGCGGUGGCUCCGGCGGCUACGACAGCUCCAGCUAUGCCUCGUACCACCAUGCGGCGGCGCACCACCAGGCGGCGGCAGUGGCGGCGGCCAACAUGUUCCAAAGCUCGGUGCGCCACAGCAUGGCGGCCGCCCAGGCGCACCACCACCACCACCACCAUAGCGGGCACCACCACAGCGGCUCGUCCUCGGCCUCGAUGCACGGCCUGGGUGGCUCGGUGGGCGGUGGCUCCGGCAUGGGUGGCAUGAGCGGCGGUAGCGGGGGUGUGGGCGGUGGCGCCUCCUCGCUGGGCGGGCACAGUGGGGCGAGCAGCAACAACACCAGCGGCAGCGGCUUGGACGUGAAGCCCGUGAGGACGAAACCCAGGACGAGUGCUGAAGGACGCGAGUGCGUGAACUGUGGCGCCACCUCGACGCCCCUGUGGCGGCGCGACGGAACGGGACACUAUCUAUGCAACGCCUGUGGCCUGUACUACAAAAUGAAUGGCCAAAACCGACCCCUGAUCAAGCCAAAGCGAAGACUGACCCUGCAAUCGCUCCAGAGUGCGGCCAAGAGGGCGGGCACUUCCUGCGCCAACUGCAAGACCACAACCACAACCCUUUGGCGACGCAAUGCCAGUGGCGAGCCAGUCUGCAACGCCUGCGGAUUGUACUACAAGCUGCACAAUGUCAAUCGUCCUUUAACAAUGAAAAAGGAGGGCAUUCAGACCCGCAACCGCAAGUUGAGCUCCAAGUCCAAGAAGAAGAAGGGCCUGGGCGGCGGCUGCCUGCCAAUUGGAGGACAUCUCGGCAUGGGCGACUUCAAGCCGCUGGAUCCGUCGAAGGGUUUUGGCGGCGGCUUUUCGGCCUCCAUGGCCCAACAUGGACACCUCUCGGGUGGACUGCAUCCGGCACAUGCGCACAUGCACGGCAGCUGGUACACCGGCGGCAUGGGCGCCCUGGGCGCCUCCAGUGGCCUGCAGGGCGGCUUCUCCACCGCUGGCUCUCUCGGCGGAGCGGUGGUUCCGCACUCACAGCCCUACCACUUGGGACUCAGUUCGAUGGGCACCUGGCGCACUGACUACACGUGAUGGAGCGGGAACAACUUGAACAACAAUCUGUUCAGUUAGAGCCGCGACAGCCCGCGUCCGAGUUGAUUUCCGAGUGGAGUGAUCCGCCAAUAAAUCGAAACCCAACAAAACAAAACACAAUGCCAAACUGAGGACUCCUUGGCCAGCAAUUGACAGUGGCCCCUAAGCUCUUGACAUCCACAUGCCAAAAGCGAUACAUUUGGAAUCCACGCGGAAUGGGGGGGAGUGUGCGUGGUGUGGUGUGUGGAAUGGGGCAUGUGGGGGUGUGCUGUACAGGCGCUGGUUAUUCCUAAUUGUAAACAUUGCGUGCAAUUUUUAAUUAUUUAAGCUUUGUCGCUGUAGCUGAUGUUGUUGCUGUUGCUUCUGCUACUGCUAGUGGUACUGGUACUGGUACUGCGAGCCGGCAGCAAUAACAAAAGCCCCAUUAAAAUUAAUUAAAGGGCUGCACAUUAUUUUUAUUUUAUUUUUCCUUUAUGGCUUUUCUGUGAGUGUUUGUAUAGUUUUUUCUUAUGUUUCAUAUUUCGCUUAAUUAAUUUAAUUUCUCGCCGCAAAUUCAACGUAUUUAAUUGUGCUUUAUGAACUGCCAUAAAAACAGAACGAAAAGGAGCAAAAUUUCAUAAAUAUUUAUUGUGUACAUACACCAACAAAACUGAAUCAAGCACACAGAGAACUACAAAUAUUAAUAUACAAAUAAAUAAAAAAUAAAAAAACAGUAAACAGUUAAAAUGCACGUCCAAAAGUAAUAAGAUUUUUGUAAAAAAAUAAAUAAAGUAAUUGCUUAAAAUGUUUGUCCUAAUUCGCGGAAUGCAAUUGAAAAUUGCAGAAAUUAUUUAGAGCGUACGCCUACUGUAAACUAGUUAAAUUCUUAGACUCUAAACAAAACAGACGUGAUAAACAAAAAGUAAAAUAUAUAAAUAUUAAAAUAAACUUUCACUAAGGUGCGCCCCAUACAGUUGUAAAAUAAUAUAAAUGUUUAAACUAAAAUGCGAAAUGUUUAAAGUUAAAUAACAGAGGGCCGCCGUCAACUUUUUAAAACUAACAACACUUAAAUGUUCAAUGUUAAUGCCUAAGUCUUAAAUAUAUACACACGUACACACUUAAACGUAUACCUAGACCUAAACUUAUUGUAAUAAAUUUAAUUAAAUUAAAUGUUAAAGGCAAUUUGUAAAAUACAUUUGUUAGCAAUUUUUGUAUAAACUUAGUAAAAACCAGAAGAAAGCCCAAAAAAAA